AUGGCCAACCUUCCCCCGCUAUCGACGAUCCCUUCCCUACCCCAAGAGACCCAGCUUCGGGUGCUCGAUACCCUCUUUGAACCCUCCCCAGAGCUCCACCAACUGAUGAUCCCUGUGCUGGCCAACCAGACCUUCUCUUCAUACACCAGUCUCAUCGAUGCUGUAGGGGGUCGUAUGUCUGCACUCUCAGCCCCGAAUUCUCCUACCGACCGGGACGUACUCUUUGGUAUUCUGGGAUCGCAUCCGCGUCUUGGCCGGGCCCCAGCCAACCCAGAACAUCUGAGCGAACUGAGUAAGAAGGAACAGGCCCAAUUGAAUGAAGGUGCAGAGGAACAGGCGGAGAAAUUACGAGCACUGAAUGCAAAAUACGAGGAGAAGUUUCCAGGGUUGCGGUUUGUCACAUUUGUCAAUGGGCGCAGUCGCGACGUGAUCAUGGUUGAAAUGCGCCAGCGCAUUGACCGGGCCAAUGCGGAGAAAGAGAUUGAAGAGAUCAUUCAGGGGAUGUGUGAUAUUGCAAAGGACCGAGCGAGAAAGCUUCAAUCACACAUUUAA